GUUAGUUGGGCGCCCACCCAUCUACUAGGACUUUUUACACUAGGGUGUUGAAUCAUCUUACGACGACUAGUGCUAACGAUUGCCAUUCGAUUGCCAUUCGGCCGACGCCCAUUGGGUUGGGGCAUCAAGCAAGCACCACCACUAUCCAUCAACUCCAGACGACGCCACUUUUUCUAUGCUCGGCUGGGCUGGGCUGGGCUGGACCGGACCGGGCUGUCUGUCACUCCUUCCUCCUGUUCCUCCUGUUUCUCCUGUUCCUCCUCCUCCUCCUCCUCCUCCUCCUCCGACUCGUUGGCUUUACUUCCUCCCUCCUCCCGUCCCCGCCCCCACAAACAAACAAGCAACAACAGCUUCCCCCCCUGUUUCGGUUCUUGACUGCCUUGUUCACCUCACGCGUACUUUAUGCGUACCUGCCUACCUACUUGUCAUCAUUUGCGUCUUCUUCUCCUUUUCUCUCACACACACUCUCUCUCUGCUUCAACGUGCCCAGACUAAAAGGUCUGGAGCGCAGCCUCGGCGACUUGUGCGUGGCACGCGCGCGGGGCCUGCGCUAGUAACUGACCGCUGGGCUAUUUGGUAGUACAAGCUGUUGGGCGGCGGGCAGCGAGCGGCGGCGCCGGGCCGAGACAUGCGUGCGUCGUGAGGCGUGACGGCGCACAAAGUACAACGAAGGAACCGACGGAAACGGCGCCUCACAUCGCAUCAAAGUCCAUACCUGGCACUCUCGCAAUCGCGUUGAGCCAGAUCACACACGUCCACGCGUGUGUGCGUUUGCUGCCACCCUCUUGCCUCGUUGACGAUUGUUCGCGCAGCUGGCGCUGGACAGACAGACACCUUGGUAGUCAGUCAGUUGGCAAACGCAACCACAAGACGCACACAUACGGACACACAUACAUACCAAGGACUCAGUCGCUCACCCACCCGAUCACACUCACACCACAUAUAUACACACCAGACGCCAUCACCAACCGCCGCCACUAGAGACAGAACACACCGACAGCCCCAAACCAUGGGCGUGCCACUGCGCGCAAUGACGGUCGCCGCCCUCGCGGGCUGCGGGCUGCUCAUCGUCGUCUACCGCGUCCGCUCGACAUCGUACCUGGCCCAGGUGUUCGCGAUGCUCUGGUCGACCCAGCUGCUGGCCUGGCUGCUGUGGACGACGCUCGUCUACCCUCACUACACGUCGCCGCUGCGGCACCUCCCGACGGCCCCCGACCCGCACUGGCUCUUCGGCCACGGACCCAAGAUCCUGGCUGCGAACCCCGGCGCCUCGCUGCGAGAGUGGAUCACAACGGUGCCGCAUGACGGACUCAUACGCUACCUCUUCUUCCUCAACCGCGAGCGCGUCGUCGUCACGUCGCCCAAGGCGCUCGCCGAGGUGCUCGUCACCAAAAAUUACCUCUUCCCCAAGCCUGAUGCCGUGCGCACCUCGCUCGGCCGCGUCCUCGGCUUCGGCAUCCUGCUGUCCGAGGGCGACGAGCACAAGAUCCAGCGCAAGAAUCUGCUGCCGGCCUUUCACUUCCGCCAUGUCAAGGGCCUGUACCCGACUUUCUGGCGCAAGGCCAGCGAGCUGAUCGACGCCAUGGAGGUGGCGGUGCGUGCCGGAGAAGGCGGCGACAGCGACGGCCGCGCCGUCCUCGAGGUCAACUCGUGGUCGUCGCGCUGUACGCUCGACAUCAUCGGCGUCGCGGGCAUGGGCGUCGACUUUGGCGCCAUCCAGGACGAGAACAACCCGCUGGCCAGCACCUACAUCAACCUGUCGACGCCCACGCCCCAGGCCACGCUGCUCAUGGUGCUGGGCAUGGUGCUCCCCGGCUGGCUCAUCAGCCACCUGCCCGUCAAGCGCAACGGCGAAAUCAACGCCGCGGCGCAACGCAUCCGUGGUGUGUGCCGCGACCUGCUCGUCGACAAAAGGAGACGGCUGGCCAGCAAGGAGCCACUGGACCUGGAUAUCAUCUCGGUUGCGCUGGAGAGCGACCUCUUCACAGAUGAGCAGCUCGUCGACCAGCUCAUGACGUUCCUGGCGGCCGGCCACGAUACAACGGCGUCGGCGCUGACGUGGGCGCUGUACCUGAUGACGCGCCACCCGGAAAUGCAGCGGCGGCUGCGCAACGAAGUUCGCGGCGCGCUACCCUCGCCAGCAGCGGACCCGAGCACCGUCCCGGAAAUCUCGAGCGCCGACAUUGACCGCCUGCCGUUCCUCAACGCCUUCUGUAACGAGGUGCUGCGCGUCUUUAGCCCCGUACCCCAGACGAUCCGCGAGGCAGCGUGCGACACGACGAUCCAGGGCCAGUUCAUCCCGCGGGGCACGCGCAUCAUGCUCUCACCGUGGGGCACCAAUGUGCAGCCGGGUCUGUGGGGCGACGACGCGGCCGAGUUCAAGCCGGAGCGUUGGCUGGCCGGAGGAGCAGGCGGCGGCGGCGGCGGAGGCGGAGGCGGAGGCGACGGGGCCGGCGGCAGCAUCGGCAGCGGCGGCGCGGAGAGCAACUAUGCCUUCAUGACGUUUCUGCACGGGCCGCGGAGCUGUAUCGGGGCGGCGUUUGCGCGCGGGGAGCUGGCGUGCCUGCUUGCGGCGUGCGUGGGUCGUUUCGAGUUUGAGCUGGCGGACGAGGCCAUGGCGGACGAGCGCAACAUCAAGUUCAAGGCGGCGGUGACGGCGCGGCCGGCGUACGGGAUGCCUCUGCGGACGAGGGUCGUGGAGGGGUGGUGAAAUACCCCGGGAUACCGGGCAGGAGAGCGCUCGGCGUCUGUAGGAAAUACAUGUAUACUGUACAUAUACACAUACAACCAACAACCAAUAAUUCAUUAAUUCAUCGG